GCCACCACAAACCCUCCUCCAAGUGGCCCUUUGAUUUUCUUACUUUGAGAAAACGACUUUCGAAACUUUUCGCUGCCAGUCGACGAUCUUUUGAGAAAGCCCCCAACAACAAGAUGGCGCCUCGUUCUUACUCGAAGACCGCUAAGGUCCCCCGUCGCCCUUUCGAGGCCGCUCGUUUGGACUCCGAGUUGAAGCUCGUUGGCGAGUAUGGUCUUCGCAACAAGCGUGAGGUCUGGCGUGUGCUCUUGACCCUCUCCAAGAUCCGUCGUGCUGCCCGUCAGCUUCUUACCCUCGACGAGAAGGACCCCAAGCGUCUUUUCGAAGGCAAUGCCCUCAUUCGCCGUCUCGUUCGCGUCGGUGUCCUUGACGAGUCCCGCAUGAAGCUCGAUUACGUCCUUGCCCUCAAGGCUGAGGAUUUCCUUGAGCGUCGUCUCCAGACCUGCGUCUACAAGCUCGGCCUCGCCAAGUCCAUCCACCACGCUCGUGUCCUCAUCCGCCAGCGCCACAUCCGCGUCGGCAAGCAGAUCGUCAACGUUCCCUCUUUCGUUGUCCGUCUCGACUCCCAGAAGCACAUCGACUUCGCCCUCACCUCUCCCUUCGGUGGCGGUCGCCCCGGCCGUGUCCGCAGAAAGAAGGCCAAGGCCGCUGAGGGCGGUGAGGCUGCUGAGGAGGAGGAUGAGGAGUAAAUUUGAGGCGCCUAUCUUGGUGGGCUGGGUUUCAGGUGACUAGCAUCGGCUAGUAGGAACACAGGUUUUGGAAGGUCCAUUUUGCCUUAACCUACAUUAUGAUCACGAUGUCCAUGUAGUCAGGGAUCAAAAUGCAUGCACGGUUGGCACUGAAAUAUGUGCCUGGAAGCUAAGAAACCCCCGGAUCUGAAGGCACCACCUUACAAGUCUCAAUUAUACACCAUCUUCUUGUUGCAUGCUCAGAACCGCCACAUUUUGUUUUUGUGAAGCUUCUCAAGUGCCCCGUCUUGGAUGUAUCAGCCGACGUACUCGAGUAAAUUGCUUUCAUGUCUCUGGAUUCCUCUACGUCAUGUUCUAGUUCCGCAGGCUACUCCAGGGGUGCACAAGGUAUGAUCGGUUAGGCACUCUCAAGUUGUGGCACUGUGGUAUCAUUUUUAACAUCAAAAACUGUUAGACAUACUGUUUACUUGUCCCAAGCAUCCGCCUUCUCGCUUGCAGCUAUACCUGCCUCUCCUGUGCAGUAACUGUUCUUGACAAAUGAAUGACAGCAAGCGUAG